UUAAUAUAAAAUAUUUUCCAGUGUAAUUAUGACAAUGAGAAAAGGAAUGACAAAGUUCUCACUGACAAAUAGUGAGGAAGGUAUGGAACCAGAAUACAAAGAACCAUACAACAGAUUGGUAAAAAUUAAACGCAACUGUAAGAAUGGAAUCAAGGGGAUAAAGGAAACCUUGUGUCUAAAAUCAGAUAAAUCACCGAAAGACUCCAUUUACACCCGAGCCUACCUAACCCUGGAGGAAAAGGUUUCUGAGAUACAACAUGAAGAUUCUCCAGUUAAAGAUAUUUUACUUCAAAUUGCGAGUAUUCAUCGAUCUUUUGCAAUUGAACAGGCAAAUUUUGAGAGCAGAGUAGCUGACACUUUAGAUAAUGGACACAUUAGCAACUUCAUAAACAAGGAGUUUCCAAGACUUGAAGCAGAAAAGAAUGUUUAUAAGAAAAUGUCAAAAGAAAAGGACAGCUGUGAGAACAAAGCGUGCAAAGAAAAAGAGAAACGAAGACCCAGUGAUUUAUCAAGUUCAUAUCAUGAAGAUAAGCUCGAAGACGAUGUUGAGAGGAGUAAGAAAGAUGCUGAACUUGCAGAGGAUAAGUUCUCGUCUUCCCUUUACUCCCAGAUCAGUAGGGAGGCAAAGCUGGCCGAGAAUUUUGUUCAAUAUGCAGAAAACUUAAAGGAGUGUUUGAGAAACAUGAACGCCAAACUUGAUGAAAUUUUGCCGCAAAUGAACGAGAUUAUAAAAAAUACAAGAAGGAAACCUAUCUUUGGAGAGCCAUUAGAGUACCAUUUAAAAACUACAAAAGCUAGAAUUGCAAAACCUUUGCAUUUUGCUGUGAAGUCGUUAGAGGAUAGUUUGGAUGAAGAGGGACUGUUCAGAAUCAGUCCAGGUCUUCUACAGUUAAAGAAGGCUAAAUCAAUGUUGGAUGCUGGACUGCCCUUCUCCAAGGUUUCUGGAAUUCUAGAGGAUCCUCAUGUUGCAGCGGGGGUCAUUAAAUGUUAUCUUAGAGAACUGCCGGAUCCGCUUUUUAUGUCGGAAUUUCUUUCAGAAUGGGUUUCAAUUGAGCAGCUGGAAGAUGAUAAUCACAGACUUCGAGAAAUAAAAUCUAUUAUUAGAAACAUGCCUGAUGAAAACCAAGAAAAUAUUGCAUUUCUUUUCCAAUAUCUUCAAAAGCUCACAUUAAACUGUGACGCAAAUAAGAUGACUCAGGACAAUGUGAAUAUAGUGUUUACUCCCAACCUUCUCUGGUCCAAGGAAGAUGAUAGAGUACGCGGUUUGACGCGCACAGUGAAGACGAUGCUAACCCACGUGCAGGAGAUUUUUCCAGAGGAAAUAAUUUGUGAUGAAGUGGUCUGCAGCAUUCACAGCAAGAUGGAGGAAUCUAUAAUAGUUGCGCGAUUGGAAACAUUUUUAGAACGAGAAGAGGAUAUUUGUAGAAUUGUAGAACCAACUGAUGUAGAUUCUGAAAAAUAUCAUUCAGCAAUUCAGUUUAGAACUAAACACAAGAGAAAUCAGUCGGGGUCGGGUCUUCUUGGAUUAAUGACUAACAUGAAUUUAAGAAAGUCAAGUUCCAUGGGACAUUUUGACAAUAGAGCAAGCAGACCAGAGAAAUGGAGAAAUCAACAUCAAGAUACUUUGUAGGUUCUUACUUCUAAACAAUUCUAUUAAAUAAAAACUAAUUGAAGCUAAGAAAAAUAAAAUAUUGCUUACUGGAAA